UUCAGUGUACAUUAGCAUAACCCUUCCUUAUGAAGAGCGAGCUGUUCUAUUUUACAAUGAAGUAUUAGACUCCAUUUCUAAAUACUGGACUCCAAGUGAUAAGGCCUCAAAAUAUUAUACGAUCUUUGUGCUUUUGCCCUAGAGAACUUAUUUUCCUGAGAAAAUGCCUACAACAGAGAAAACAAUUACGUUCUUGUCAACCUUUUUCACAAGCCUGGGGGCUUUCGUCGUGAUUUGCUCUCUUCUUGGGCUACAAGCCUGGAUCACCAGCACAAUUACCUUCAGAGACUCUGCCUCAGACGGUACCAUUUCCCUCAGCUACGGACUCUUCCAUGGCAAGGGCACUCAAGAAUUGACUCAGGGACUUCAAGAAGCAGACAAAUAUUUUGCAGUUUUAGGGACAUUGAAUAAUUCUUCCCCCAAAACUCUGCACUUGCUGGCUGUCGUGUUCCUGGUCCUCAGCUUGUUUGCUGCGCUGCUGAGCUCUGGGUUGACCUUCUACAACAGCAUCAGCAACCCCUACCAGACGUGCCUGGGCCCCGUGGGGGUGUACACCUGGAACGGGCUCUGCGCGUUAUUCAUUUUUGUGGCCAUGAUGCUGUUUGUGGGGAACACGCAGUCCAACAGUCUCUCCGAGGCGCUACUCCGGACGCUUUAUCCCACCGUCACCAGUCAAGGAAUGACCCACCGUUACGGACACUCAUUCUGGCUCAUACUGCUGGUCAUUCUCCUAAACCUCCUCACCGUGGUUGUCGUCAUUUUCUACCAGAGGGCCAGACACCAGCGGAAGCAGGAGCAGAGAAAGCCGAUGGAGUCUGCCCCGAGGGACGGAAUUCUAUUCUGAGCUCCACCCUCACCGCUUGGCCGCAAUGUCUGUCCCACUCCCGGAGCAGAACCGGUCAGCUUGCCCAGACAACCAGCAUGGUAAAGUGACACUCACUCCUGAUAGCUUGUGUGUUUCAUGACAGUAUGUUCUUCACGGAUUCUGUGCCCUUGAAGAGAGUUUUUCCCACCAGGUCGGGGAAGACGGUCAGUCUCUGUAGUGCUCAAAGCAGUAGAGUGAUGAUGAGUGUGUGGACCCUCCCGACCUGGGCUCGCCUCUGAAAUAAUAAAGUUUGUGUUUGCGCCUUUCCUUCGCGUCGUCAGAGCACUCUAGCACCUGCCAUCCUUCUCCUCGGGAGGGACGCGCAUUUUCACUCCACUCCGUGAAGGAAGACUCAGACACAGAGCAGAGCUUGUCCUUCCAGGCAGGACCAGGUGCUGCAGGCAGGAGAGACUUUGGAGCAAAUGGCUUGGCCCUGGGACCCUCAGUGGCUGAUGUAACUCACACCCAGGGGUGGGUGAACGUGCUGGUUUGUGAUCCUCAGACACAGUUUUGAGGUUCCAAGAAGAGGAUUUUGAAAGAGAGAGAUUAGAAGUGAGAAGAUCAGAGAAAGAUAAAAAUUAUAGCCCUGUGGUCUAUAUGCCAGGGAGGCUAAAUGUUAUGUUUUUGAUUUAACAGGAUUUUGGUGAAUUCAGUCAAAAUGGAAAUGAAACAUUGCAGCAAAUUCUAGCAACCACCCCAUCCACCAGCCCUCUGCUUAGUCGCUGUGGUGUAGACAUUGGUGUAGCUGGUCGGAGGGGAGGGUACCACCCACCAGCAGACUCCUGCCCGCCG